UAGUUUUGUUGUGAAAGUGUCAGAUCUUUUGAUUCGGUUCUAUCUUGAAAUUCGAAUAUUAAAUCAUCUAGUUGAUGUGAGCGAUCUGCAAGACACACUAUCAAUUCGAAAUUUGAAAAUCAUUUUUUCUGUUAACACAACAUUCAUUUAAAAAUAUUCUUUUAAUUUAGUUUUUAUUAAAUCUUCAAAUGUUUCUUCAUAAGUAUCAUUAAAUAAUUCUUUAACUUAUAUUCAUACAAUAAGUAUUCGACAAUCGAUAAUUUAUUUUAUUUGGUUCAUGUUAUGCAUCAAGUAUAAAUAGUGCAAUACAACAGUAAAAUAAAUAAAAAAAAAAAACGAAUUUGAUUUAUUCUGUCUAUUUUUUUGUUUUCUAUUUUAGUUUUUAUUGAACUAAAAAAUUAGUCUUAAAAAAUAUAUUAAUAGAAAUGAAAGUGAUUUUCAAGCAGCUGUACUCGAUUUACUUGUUUAAUUACUUUUAAUUCGUGUUAAUUAUAGUUAAUUAGAAGCUGAUGAAAUUCGUUGCAUUUCUAAUCGUUUCGUUUAUUUUUAAAUAGCAUUUUAUUUAUUGUAUUGUUGAAUUUCUUGUUAUGUUAUCACAUGAUACACUUCAUUCAAAACGAGUUAUUAAAAUACAAGAUUUAAUAAAACAUUAUGAUUAAUUAUUAGCAAGUGGACAUGAACCUGAAACGCAUGGUAGAAAGUAAAAAAAAAAAAACAUUUUCGAGAAAAAGAAAUGAUCGUUAAAAUUCUUUAUUUAGCUUUGGCAGCAUUAGAACCAGUUUUAUAUGAUUUUUUUUCUUGGUCGAGUUAUGCAAAUAAUUAAAAUUCCUAAAAAGUUUUAUUAAAUGAGAGUGAACAAAAAGUGUCCUUCUAUAAAGUCUCAAAUAUCUUAGAAACUCGAGAGGGUGUGAGUGUGGGUGUGUAAAUGUAAUUUUUCUCCUUGAUUGAACCCACACCCACACUUCAACGAAUCGAUGAUCUGAAAAUAAUCAUCUUGUUGUUAUGUAUCUGAGUUUGAGGGAAAACUAGGCAUCUUAAUUAUUAUAAAUAAAAGUAUCUUUUCAUAUCAUGUGUAUGUACUGAAAAAAUAAUAAUAGAAUUUAUAUUGUUAUAGGCUUUACGAUUGUUCACAGUUAUUAUUGAUAGUGUUCGAAAUGAAGAUGAUAAAUGAAAACGUCUUUCACGACAAAUUGUCGAUUUACUUCUUGCUCAUUUACAAUCUCAGGUUAUUUUUCUUUUAAUAGUCUCUGAUUUUACGUUACUUUUUUUUGUUCAAAUAGAAUCAAUCACUUUUGGAUAUUUAUUCCACACAAUUAACACUAUUUGAUGUUGCUUUUCGAGCGUUAGUAAAUAGAAAUGUCGGUUGUUUUUAUUUAUAAAAUUUUUCUGUAGUUUAAAUUUUUUUUUAGAAUGUCAAUUGUCAAUCUACAAAUCGAUAGUUAAUCAAUAUAAAUAUAAUACUUCGAUGUCUUGUACAAAAUUUAACUGAAGAUGCUAUAUUAACACGAUACAAUGAUGUUUUAUCAUCAGUUAAUGAAACACGAGAUGAAACUUUUAGUGCAGCUCUUCUUCGUGUUUUACGUGACAUAAUAUUAUGA